ACUUUUGCUUUGAGCGCUAAUCCACUCAUGCAUAUGCAUAUUUCCUUUUAUGAAGUUCAGUCUAAAAUACACUCUAACCAGUAGAUGGUAGCAUCUUCUGCAUGAAUCAAAAGGAAGAGACAUGUUAUAGGAGGAGUAACAAAUGAUCUCACACACCUACGCUAUGUUCAUCACUCCAUAGUGAAGGGGGAACAAGCUGAAACAAUAUCCAGUAUAAAAAAGAUCUAAAAGUACUUGUUAGACGGGACUGUCUGCAGGUAGGCAACCCCUGGUCAGACAAACAUUCUCCAGUGAAGUCCACACUCACUUCAGCCUUCUAACACAUAGAUAUAGGAGAUGGGGUCAGAGCUCAAAGCGGGGCCAAUGCGUGUCCUUGUGACUGGUGGAUCUGGUUUGGUGGGCAAAGCCGUUGAGCAUGUGGUGCAGCAGGCCGGCGGGAAACUGUUGGGAGAAGAAUGGAUCUUCCUCUCCUCAAAGGAUGCUGAUCUUGUAGAUGUCGAGCAGACCAGGGCUGUGUUCGAGAAGUAUCGCCCCACUCACGUCAUCCACCUAGCUGCAAAAGUCGGAGGACUCUAUCUACACAUGAGGGAGAACCUGCACUUCUUGAGGGACAACAUCAAAAUCAAUGACAAUGUACUACAAACAGCCCACGAGAUGGGUGUCACCAAGAUCGUGUCUUGCCUGUCCAGUUGUAUCUUCCCUGACAAAACCACAUACCCCAUUGAUGAGACCAUGAUACACAACGGACCACCUCAUGACUCCAACUUUGGAUAUUCACAUGCUAAAAGGAUGCUUGAUGUUCAGAACAGGGCAUACUUUCAGCAGUACGGUCAUCGUUACACAGCAGUCAUCCCGACCAACGUGUUCGGUCCCUAUGACAACUUCAGCAUAGAAAAUGGCCACGUGCUGUCAGCACUCAUUAACAAGACAUACAAGGCCAAAAAGGAAGGAACUCAUGUGAAUGUAUGUGGCUCUGGAGCUCCUAGAAGACAGUUCAUCUAUUCUCUGGACCUGGGCCGUCUAAUCAUUUGGGUCCUGAGAGAAUAUGAGGAAGUUGACCCCAUUAUCCUCUGUGUGGGUGAAGAGGAUGAGGUCUCAAUCAAAGAGGCUAUAGACAUGAUUGCAAAGGCUCUGGACUUCAAAGGCAACAUACACUUUGACACCACCCUGUCUGAUGGCCAGAUGAGGAAAACAGCCAGCAAUGCCAAGCUGAGACGCUACCUCCCCGACUUCACCUUUACACCUCUUCAAGAAGCUAUAAAGAUGACAUGUGACUGGUUCGUGGCCAACUAUGAGACUGCCCGGACAUGAAGUGACCAAAAACCGAGCUGAAAAUGAACACUAAUGUUUGGUUCUGGUUUCAGUCAAGGUGUUAUCACUGUGUAAUACUGGUUUAUUCAGAGUCACAUUAAAAAAUACUGUACAUAU